AUGAAUUUCUCUAGGAUUUACGAUAUUGACACUUUCAUACGUUUUAGUGGUGACUAUCCUUUAGAGAAAGUGACAUCUUUUUGUGAGAACGUACUCACCGAUUUCAAUAAUCCAUUCAACACAACUUGGAUCACAGUUUCAGACGACAAACUGACACAAUCUAAAGACAACGAACUGAUAAAGUAUAUGAUUGAAAUAAUAUUCAAAAAAGUCAAUUUGACGAGUGAUUACGGAUAUAAUAAUAGUAUUUCUUUUAAAGAGCAUAGUUCAAUAUAUGUCAGUUUCGGUUCGAUAACUCAAUAUAUAUUAGAUUUAGGUUUAGAACUUUAUACCGUUCCUUUUUUCGACUCAUUUGAUACCAGUAAAGAAAUAUCGUCAGUCCCUAAUGCAGUUGUAAACUAUCGACAAAGUCUAUCUUCUAAACUCGACAAUACUAACGCUAAUAAUACGUUGAUUGGUUUAAAUCUACUAAAUGCAAAUCAACCGAUGCUUAUGACCAUAUUGGAAUCAAACGGAUUUUUACAAAAAACUUCAUCAAUUGUUUCAAAGAUAGGGGGUUUCUAUACUGUCGUUGUGGGAAUAUUCGUAUUUUUUUUUGGCGAUCAAAGAAUAUCACCAUGGGGGUUGGCGCAAAUUUUCCUAUUCAGCUGUACGCCUUGUCGACGAUCUCUCAAAGAAAAACUAGCAUGGAAAUAUGUAUCAUCAGCGGGAAUUCCUUUUAGCGAAAAAGUCAAAGAUAAACCAGAAAAUUCUUCACUUGAAGCGCGCGUACAAAUUCUCGAGACCCUAUUAAAAGAAUAUUACCUGAACACCGAAUUACUUGACAAAGUAAGACAAGUAAUAAUUCGUCAUCCUAAAUACAAAAAGGAAUAUGAAGAACUCACGAGAGCUUGGUUGGUGCAAGAAGAUGACGAUAACAUUCACGAGGAUGAAUCUUCAGAUCAAGCUCCGUCUUUCAAGAUUCAUGGAGAGGCUACCUAUCGUAAAGUGGGUGUUCUAAUUGAGUCGUCGGAGGAAUUCCGUUGA